AUAUGAAUAUUUGCGAUUUGAUUGUUGUAGAUUCCGCCGCAGUGAGGAGCAUGAGUACAUAAUGAAGCGGCGCUUGGAGGAUCAGGACACAGUGAUCGGCUCUCAGCGGCGGCUCCCUGGGGGUGUGGACAGCUUUCAGCACUGCGUCCUCAACACUGCCUCCUCCCUCUACGAGACUGCACCAGACAACAUGCAGCCAUCGUCCAGCAUGCAGUACUCUGUCUCGCAGACCUAUCAGUUGUCAAUGGCCCAGAGUUCUGGUGGACAUGGACAUACCAGCAGUUCAGCUGUGCACAGUGGGCCUCAUCACCAUGGGCCAGCUGUCCAGCCUGUGGGCCAGGGUCACUCUCAUGCUACCCCUGCCCCUGCCCCUGCCCCAACACUGGGUCAGCAGCAGUUUCAAAGGCUCAAGGUUGAAGAUGCUCUUUCCUAUUUGGAUCAAGUUAAACUUCAGUUUGGCAAUCAGCCGCAGGUCUACAAUGACUUCCUGGAUAUCAUGAAAGAGUUCAAGUCUCAAAGCAUUGAUACACCAGGUGUGAUCAGCAGAGUCUCCCAGCUCUUCAAGGGCCAUCCAGACCUCAUCAUGGGCUUCAACACCUUCCUGCCUCCUGGCUACAAGAUUGAGGUUCAGACCAAUGAUCUGGUUAAUGUGACCACUCCCGGCCAGAUCCACCACAUCACCCCGCAUGGUAUCUCUGUUCAAAACCUUCCCAUAACACAGCCAGCGCAGCACCAGACCCAAACAGCAGCUCCCACCAGCACUGCAGCCUUGGUCAUCCCUAGCCAGCCAACCCCUGCCAAGAUCAGCAAGCCAAUGCAGUCUCCUGCACUUACCCCAACCAGUCAGCCUAAUCCGUCCAUUCCCUCGUACGCCUCCCCGCGCUCACCCUCGGUCCAGUCCCACACUCCCAUCAGCAGCAGCACUGCCGGUUCAACCCCGCUGCAGAACAACCAGCCUGUGGAGUUCAACCACGCUAUCAACUAUGUGAACAAAAUCAAGAACCGCUUUCAGGGCCAGCCAGAGGUCUACAAAUCCUUCUUGGAAAUUCUGCACACAUACCAGAAGGAGCAGCGUAAUGCUAAGGAGGCAGGGGGAAACUACACACCCACUCUCACAGAGCAGCAGGUCUAUGCUCAGGUGGCCCAGCUCUUCAAGAACCAAGAGGACCUUCUUUCAGAAUUCGGCCAGUUCCUGCCAGAUGCUAACAGUUCAGUGUUAUUGAGUAAGACUACAGCUGAGCAGGCUGAAUCUGUGCGUAUUGAUCAUGGGGUGACCGUAAAGAGACCUCAACUGAACAAUAAGCAGAGGUUUAAUCAGAAUGGCUGUCAAAUCCGUAGACACCCAGGGCCGCCCACUACGCCCCCUGUUAAGAAAAAGCAAAAAUUUAUGGGAAAAGACCAUUCGAUGGCUGAAGCCAGUAAACUUGGAAUUGGUGCUGAAUCUCUCUUUUUUGAAAAGGUGCGGAAAGCUCUGCGGAGUUCAGAGGCUUACGACAAUUUCUUACGCUGUUUGGUCAUCUUCAAUCAAGAAGUGAUCUCACGGGCUGAACUUGUGCAGCUGGUCUUGCCAUUUUUGGGGAAAUUCCCUGAGCUUUUUACAUGGUUCAAGAACUUCCUUGGCUACAGAGAGUGUGCCCAUAUUGAGAGCUUUCCCAAAGAGCGAGCCACUGAAGGCAUUGCAAUGGAAAUUGAUUAUGCGUCCUGCAAAAGAUUGGGCUCCAGUUACAGAGCCCUUCCCAAGAGCUUCCAGCAGCCUCGAUGUACAGGCAGGACUCCACUGUGCAAAGAGGUGUUGAAUGAUACAUGGGUGUCAUUUCCAUCCUGGUCUGAGGACUCAACCUUUGUUAGCUCCAAAAAGACCCAGUAUGAAGAGCAUAUAUAUAGAUGUGAAGAUGAGCGCUUUGAGCUUGAUGUGGUUCUGGAGACAAACCUCGCCACCAUCCGUGUUCUGGAGGCUGUUCAAAAGAGGAUCUCGCGCAUGUCGGCUGAGGAACAGGCCAAGUUCCGGCUGGACAACACCAUCGGAGGCUCCUCUGAGGUCAUCCAUCGUAAAGCUAUUCAGAGGAUAUAUGGUGAUAAAGCUCCAGACAUCAUAGAUGGGCUUAAGACGAACCCUGCUGUCUCUGUACCUAUUGUACUCAAAAGUUACAAAGUCGAAGUCACAGUGAAGGAUGGUUGUAUAAGAAAUGCUGAUAAGACUUUUCUGUUGUUAUUGUUCCAGAAGUCUAAAGGGAUUGUGCAGCUGGCCGUGGAGCUGUUGGACACAGAGGAGGAGAACUCGGAUGGACCUGUGGAUACUGAGCGCUGGCCUGACUAUGUGGAGCGAUAUCUGAACACCAGCUCGGCCUCUCCAGAGCUGCGAGAGCACCUCUCCCAGAAGCCUGUGUUUCUACCCAGGAACCUAAGGCGAGUCCGGAAGUGCCAGAGAGGUCAGGGGAUGCAGGUGAGAGAGGCCAAAGAAACAGCCAAGAAAUCCUCAGAGGGCGGCGAGGACUCAAAAAUGGAGUGCAUGUUUAAGCUCAACUCCUACAAGAUGGUGUACGUCUUCAAGUCGGAGGACUACAUGUACCGACGCACUGCACAGCUGAGAGCGCAUCAGUCACACCAGAGAGUAAGCACUCGUCUGCAUCAGCGCUUUCAGUUGUGGCUAGACAGGUGGCAGAAAGAGCAUGUGACCAGCGACAUGGCGGCCACAACUUACAAGUGGCUGAUGGGUGAUGGCCUGGAGGGGCUACUGCCCUGCAGAACCGUCUGUGAGCCCAAGAUCCUCCACUUCCAGAACAUCAACAAAUAUAAAGUCACCUACAGCACUACGUUGUAAAGCUCAAGUUUUCAAGAGAAGGGAGGGCUUUUACCUCCAUUUUAUGUUGUUUUUACGAUGACUGAAGUAGCACUGAAAUUAAAAUCUGACCGCCAUUGAGUUAUUUGAAAAUUGCUCCCUUUCUUUCUUUUUUUUUUUAUUUGUACCUUU